AUGAAGAUCCAGAAGUUGCUCCUUUCGUCUGCUGUUUCCUCGGCCACUUUAACAGCCUUUCCAACUGCCACGAUAUCCUCGGGUCCGAUCCAAGGCAUCUCGACGAGUCGUCCAAACGCAACAGCGUCAGUGAAAAAGUUUCUCGGGAUCCCCUAUGCCUCUAUACCUGAACGAUUCUCCCUACCUCAACCACCGAAGCCGUGGGUCGACAUUCUCAAUGCUACAACGUUUGGGCCAGCAUGUCUCCAGAACUUUGGCAUCAACGAGCUCGGCCCAAGACCUGAACUCCUCGAAAGUCUCUUCAACACCCCAGCAUCACCUGAAAGUGAAGACUGUCUGAGCAUAAAUGUUUUCGCCCCCGCAACCAGAUUCCCCGAUGCCAGGCAUGCUGUGGUUGUCUUUAUCCAUGGCGGUGGAUGGCAGCUGGGUCAUGGCAGACUUGAUCUUUCUGCUUUUGCGGCAUAUGAAGGCAUUAUCGCCGUGACUCUGAACUACCGCACAAAUGUCUUCGGCUUCCCUGCAUCACAUGAGAUCCCACCGAGCGAACAAAACUUGGGUCUACACGACCAGCGUCUGGCUCUGGCUUGGGUACAAGACAACAUCGCCACCUUUGGCGGUGACCCAUCCAAGGUGACAAUCUGGGGCCAGUCCGCUGGAUCCUUUUCCGUGGACCACCACCUUAAAGCCUACGCCAACGACACUUUGGUCCCUUUUCGUGGUGCCAUCAUGUCCAGUGGGCAGAUGAGCUUCGGGCACCUUGCACAACCAUCGCCUGGAAUCAAGGCCUGGACGGGACUGUCGGGUCUAGUUGGAUGCGCCAACUCGUCAGAUGAACUAGAAUGUAUGAAAGCCGUCCCAGGAGAAACCCUCAUCAGCGCCAUGCGGAAGUAUCGUAUCACUUUCGGACCGCAGCUUGACAAAUCGACGGUUCUCAGCAAACCAGGCGAACUCUGGAGAAACGCGUGUGUUGUUAAAGUUCCGAUCCUGACGGGCACUGUGGAGGAAGAAGGGCGCGGUCUGGUCAACGACAAAGUCAACAUGACAGCCUUCUUCGAUGCAUAUCUUCCGCGGGCCCUCAUACCGUCCGAAGACCGGGAGAUGAUCAACUCCAUGUACCGCUCUGAUCCUAGUGUAAUUACCGACUUUGAUCUUGCUUCGGCCAUUUACACUGACUUGCUCUGGUCUUGCCCGCAAUCUAUACUUGCGUCGGCGGCGUCUUCGAAUGAUAUCUCUACCUGGCGCUACCAUUUCAAUACCUCAAUCUUGAAUCUCUUACCCAAAGAAUACGACUGGCUGGGCAGGUUUCACGGCUCAGAGAUCAUUCUUCUCUUCACCGAUCCAGAUACCACACCUUAUACCCCUCAAACGUACGCAAUGUAUGAAUACUUUAGGGGCGUCAUUGCGCGAUUUGUCAAGAAUCCUUCCGCAGGGCCUGGGUGGCCGGCCGUGGGAUCGUCUUAUGCUCCGCUCGAUGUCGCGAUCUUGGGGGGUGUGGGUGAUACCUCGAGCGUCAUGACGGUGUCGAAUUCUACAAACCUGGAUGAAAGGUGCAAGCUUUUUGAGAACAUCUGGCCCAAACUGGACGCUAUUAGUUGGAGAUAUGAUGGGUCGUCGCCUUCAGAUCACCAGCAUGCUUAG